AUGCCACGCAAGAUAGAAGGCUUCUUGUUUUUACUGCUCUUCGGCUAUGAAGCCAUACUGGGAUUAUCGUCUACUGAGGAUGAGGGUGAGGACCCCUGGUACCAGAAAGCCUGCAAAUGUGAUUGCCAAGGAGGUGCCAAUGCCCUCUGGUCUGCUGGUGCCACCUCCUUAGACUGCAUACCAGAAUGCCCAUAUCAUAAGCCCCUGGGGUUUGAGUCAGGAGAGGUUACACCAGACCAGAUCACCUGCUCCAACCUGGAGCAGUAUGUGGGCUGGUAUUCCUCAUGGACAGCUAACAAGGCCCGGCUCAACAGUCAAGGCUUUGGGUGUGCCUGGCUCUCCAAGUACCAGGACAGCAGCCAGUGGCUACAGAUAGAUCUGAAGGAGGUCAAGGUGAUUUCAGGGAUCCUCACCCAGGGGCGCUGUGACAUCGAUGAGUGGAUGACCAAGUACAGCGUGCAGUACAGGACGGAUGAGAACCUGAACUGGAUUUACUAUAAGGACCAGACAGGAAACAACCGGGUCUUCUAUGGAAACUCAGACCGAACUUCCACAGUCCAGAACCUCCUGCGGCCCCCCAUCAUUUCCCGCUUCAUCCGGCUGAUCCCGCUGGGCUGGCACGUCCGCAUUGCCAUCCGGAUGGAGCUGCUGGAGUGCGUCAGCAAGUGUGCCUGAGGCCUCCCUCAGCUCAGCACCUGCCGUGGGGGGUGGGGGUGGGGGGGUGGAGGGCUCAGAGCAGCCUGUAGGGGAACCC